AUGACUGCAAUUCUCCCCAAGCCCCUCAAGAAAGGCGCCACUAUCGCCUUUGUCUCGCCGUCUCUUCGCCUGAACGAUGUCUUUCCGACGGCUAUUGAGCGCGGCAAAGCCUAUCUCGAGUCUCUAGGCUUUCAAGUAGAGAUCCUCUUCACCAGUCUGCCAGCUGAUGCCACCAUUGCCGACUCUGUCCGGAUGCGAUGUGACGAGCUUCAUAAAGCUUUUCUGGACAGCACAGUAACUGCCAUCAUCUGCACCUGUGGAGGCUCACAUGCAAAUGAACUGCUAUCUUCUCUGGAUUAUGCUCUCAUUCGAUCCCAUCCCAAGAUCUUUGUCGGCUAUACCGACAUUACCUUUCUGCACUUUGCCAUUCAGACUUGCACUGGACUACGCACAUUUUAUGGUCCCACCGUGCUUUCUGAUCUCUCUGACUUUCCAGCACCCAUGUCAUUCACUAUUGAUCACUUCUUGCAUGUCCUUUCUGGACAGGGCAAUCCCGUGGGCCCUCUUCCACGGUCCGCGAUCUGCACAGUCGAGCAUAAUGAUUUCUUCUUUGGCAAUGAAGCAUCUGAGAACCGACGCGAGACUGUCGAUACACCCCCAUGGAGAUGGAUUCGCAAAGGUCGUGCAACGGGUCAUCUGUACGGUGGUACGGUAGUAUGCGUCGUGCGCCUUCUGGGAUCGCCUUAUGUUCCAAGUUCCUGGAAGGGAAAGAUUCUGUUCCUGGAGACUGCCAUGGGCGAUGAUAUGCAUCGUCCAUAUAACGUGGCCAAUUUUCGCAAAAGCCUCGCCGAUCUUGCGCUGGCUGGAGUGUUGCGCGAUAUCAGCGGACUAGUCAUCGGACGGGGAUACAAAUAUGACGAGCAGAGGCAGGAUGAUCUGGCGGCGGUGAUUCUACAGGUCUUUGAUGCCAUCGUCGACAGGGACCGAGAUGAGGAGCUGCCGAUCUUGAUGAAUGUUGAUUUCGGUCACACAAGUCCACUUCUCACCCUGCCUUUGGGGCGCUUGCUCGCUUGGAUUCUGACUGCGAUGAGUUUACUGUCCUGGAGCCGGGGGUUCAAGAUCAUAUUUGACUGUAUCAAUGAGAGAGAGCAAGCUCACUCAAUCCUCCGCAGUCGCAAUGGCCUCUCAGCAGUCGCGUUUCGAUUUGCCGGGUUUCUCCUUACCCCUGAACUUCACCCCCGGGAGGAGUGUCAUGUUCGCAAAUGGACUAGACAACUAUUCCAUUGGGUGUUCAAUGAUGAGAUCACUGCCAAGUGGCGCAAGGAAAUUCAGGACAGUGGGGAAGAUGUCAGCGAGCGAAUGAUGGAGUGGAUCAUCAAAGAAGCACAGUGGAAAGCCGAGGUCUUCCACGAUACCAAGCACAUCGUCGCAUUCGACGUAGGCGUGGUCAAAUCGGAUAUUGCUAUCCCGGAAGAAUUACGACAGGCCCUCAAAGAGGCCGUCCGCCCCCUAGAGGAGAUUCCUGAGGACCAGAGGGACUACCAUCCCGGAACGGACGGCAAGGUAGUUGACCUGGUUCAUCCGUCAUUAUUCCCUGUGAUAUAUGGCCGAACGCGCAUCCUGCCAGAUCGACUCAUCAGUCUCAAAGCAUUUGCAAACCACAUCGGUGAGGGCAAAGUGCUCCCUGUCCGCCCAGAGGAGGAGUCUGUCACGGCGCAGAAUGACUGGGAUACAGGUACAGGAGGCACCCCCAUCGACCCUACAGCCUCAGGUUUCAAUGGCUACCCUGUGACGUUCACUUUGGACCCAACGAUGAAUGACGAAUAUAAACGCAUCGAAUACAGUGAGGUAGACUAUGAUGAACAUCCAGAGCCCGAACCAGAGCCGGCGGACGAGGAUGAAGAAGAUAGUGACGAAUACUGGGACAAACACGCGGCAUGGCAAGAACGGCAGCCCAUCAAACUGCCAGAACCAGGAACAUUCAUCCCACACACCGUUGAUGAAGGCAACCAGGUGAACCUCCGCCAGGAAUUCGCCGAACGAGGACUCCAGGUGAUUAUGAAGCUGGCCAACAUCGAGCUGACGCCGGAGAAGCCCGAGUACGAAGGAGGCUCCUGGCAUAUCGAAGGGCAACUGAAUGAUGAACAGAAUGAGCACAUCUGUGCUACAGCCAUCUACUACUAUGAAAGUGAGAAUAUCACGGAGAGCACUCUCGCAUUCCGUCAACGGGCAAGGAGGAGUAAUAUUGAAGAGAUUUACUAUGAACAAUCACGGCACGAGUUUCUUCAACAGGUCUUUGGCUUUGGCCCCGAUGUCAGCGGUUACAAUGAGAGCAAUAUCACCCAGCUGCUGGGCGGCGUCGAGACCCGUCAAGGUCGUCUCCUUACCUUUCCGAAUAUCCUCCAGCAUCGCGUGGCGCCCUUCUCACUCGCAGACCGGUCCAAACCGGGCCAUCGUAAGAUUCUGGCGUUUUUCCUUGUGGAUCCGCAUCAGUCUAUCAUUUCAUCAGCGAAUGUGCCACCUCAGCAAGAGGACUGGUGGAAAGAACGGCAGGAGCUUGUUGGGCGUUUGCUUGGUGAAAAACUGCCUGCCGAACUGCAGAUCAUGGUGAAGGAGGAAUUCAAUGCUUACCCCAUCACGAUGGAGGAGGCCAAGCAGUACUGA